CAUACGCAGCAUUAAGCACCAGCACACCACUCGUCAUCACCCAUGACGGCAUGGCACAGAGUGCACACACCUCUAUCCCACUCUGUCUGGGCUCUCUGAGUCCCUCUGUUCACUAGGAGCUGGAGAAGACUGGGCAUUGCUGGAGAAAUGAACACCAAAUGAGGACCGUAAGCCAGAUGACCUGUAUGUUCCUCUGAAGGACAGAAGCUACAGCAUGACUCCAGGACAUAUCUGGACUUUGCCGCUUUUGUGGACUGUCAUUCAAACUGAAGCAAAGUCUCAAGAUGUUCAGGUCACCUGUUUCUACGCCAGAGACUGCAUCCUGCCCUGCGUCUUCGCCCCAGUGGGGGGUGAGCUGGUCCGCUGGUACGGUCCUGGUAACAGCCUCCUCGUGAGCAGCGGCCAAAACGAUCCUCAGGACCAGACCUAUGUUGGCAAGGCGGUCCUGUUCGAGGACCAGGUUGCCCUUGGUAACGGCUCCCUCCUCCUCCAGCACUGCCUGCCACAGGACAGGGGGAGGUACAGGUGUCAUGUGACAGGCCAGCAGGAGGCGCCAGACACCACUGUCACUGUCAGAGUGGAGGCUCCUAUGCGCUCUCUGGUCCUGGAGACGAGCAGGCUGAGCGGCUACGAGGAGCUGCUGUGCGCCACGCGGAACGUCUACCCUGCCCCACGCCUGUCCUGGUCAACGCAGCCGCCCACAGCCAAGGAUGCGCUGAGGCAGACCACCCACAAGAGGGCGACCAAGGGCCUGUACACGCUGGAGAGCAAGCUGAGGAAGCUGAGGGGGAAGUCCAGCGUGACGUACGUCUGCACAGUGACCGCUGCCUACGGGGCCCAGACAUGGAGGGCCUCUCUGAGAGAGACAGAGGUCAGCAGCAUUAAGGGAGGUGACCUCAUGCUCCCCUGCAAGGCCCCUGGAGAUCUGCGCGACUUCACCCUCACAUGGUCCUUCCUGCCCGCGGACCACCCCUUGCUCAUCCUCACGUACAACAGCUCCACCCAGUGGACAGCCCAGGAAUGGGCGGGCCGAGCCCAGCUGGACGGGCUCAGGGUGAAGGCUGGGGACGGAUCCCUAAAGCUUCAGAACCUGCAGAACUCAGAACACUCAGGAACCUACACCUGCUCCUUCAAGGCCCACCGGAACACACACGUGGUCCACAUCAGAGUAAAUGUCACUACAAGCGAGAGGGCAGAGGCAGGACAGGCGUCGUCCUCGUGGUGGAUAGCUGCUGUGGUUGUAGCUGUGCUAGCCAUUACAAUGGCAGCUGUCAUUGGGAUCCUGAAGCUCAGAGCUGAUUGCUCUCAGUCGGAGAAGAGGAUGGAGGAGGCCACUGUGAUGCAGCCCAUACAAGAUAAAACAGACACUGAGAUUUCAUCUGAGAACUUUCAUUUGGCAGACCACCAGUGUGAUGGCCACACAUAGCCCAACUGACCACCAGUGUGAUGGCCACACAUAGCCUAACUGACCACCAGAGUGAUGGCCACACAUAGCCCAACUUGACAGUGUUGUUCUGAGAGAUGAAGAUACUGCUACUAUCUAAACCGACAUCAACUGGUCCAACUACAAGACUGUGUCUACAGUCAAUGCCAUGAUGGACAAACAAUAAAACAAUAGUGUGGUAAUGGUACACAAAGACAUGGUCAAAAAGACUCCAAACAUCACACUGACCUCCCUGAGGCAUGAAGGACUGGGCAGGAGCCAGUGGAAGCGUGUGUGUGUGCAGCUCCGAGAGUAACUCACCUGUGGCCUUUGGAUCUGUAGUAAUACUGUACAAUAACUCACCUGUGGCCUUUGGAUCUUUAGUAAUACAAUAACUCACCUAGUAAUAGAACAGUCUUUAUAGGUGUACUGCUGGAUUACUGAAUGCAUAGCCUUCCUCUCAGUUACUAUAACUGAUAGGAUAGGUGUUUUUAAAAUGAAAGAAAGAAAAGUACUGAUAUUAUGAAGAAAACUGAGUGAAAACUGUGGUACUUUUUGCUGACUUUGAUAACGGUAUACCUGUACAUUUGGAUAAAUAUCUUUAUAUCUA